AUGGAUGACCACCCAGAUAGUGCUCUGCACUAUGGGCACGUUGGACGAGCUGUGUAUCUUCCCGAGGAGCAGGCAUGGACUUUCACUCGUUCUUUUAAUAGGCCCCCAUCGAUUCUGUACACUGGAGUGACUAAAACCACAAUCUCCUCGCCCUUUCCCACAACGGGAGCUCAGUCAAUACCUAGAGUUCCCGAGAAAGACUUAGGGAAGUUGAUUGCAAGUGCUCAUCCUGAUCUGGCAGCAUCAUGGUCCUCUGUUCGCGAAGAGCCUUUAUCGAGAACUGUUACGACCACGACCGACCAAUAUGAUCCGGAGAUCUCCGCGCUUUUUGAUCUCGGUUAUGCAGUGGACCAAAGGCGCCAUGAUAAAAAGCUGCGAUCAGUUCCAAUUGCAGUGAAUGUGACUGGAGAAUGUCGCAAUAUAAUCUCAUUCCGAACGCUGGAGGAGGAGACUUUGGAGUUGACUUACCCAGAGAAGUUAGCAUUUCGUGCUCCAUCAAUCGAUAACACUGAAGUUACCCAAUGGUCUAAGUAUGGUGCGCCGAUACUUCAGGUACACUUUGCACGUCCCAUAGAGGAAAAACCAGUUUUUAUGGCCGCUCGUCUUCCCACAACGACAAUAGUGUUCCGGCCUCUCUAUCACUGGGAGCCGGUGCCCAUGCGCUUCUCGACUAACACUCCAAUGGGAUCUUCUAUGCCGUUACGAAAUUCUCGACUGGAUGCGAAUCCAAUUGUCGAGAUCUCCUUAUCGCAAACAGGGGGCUUCUCACAUGCCGAUGUGACCUUCAACCCCUGGUAUCAGAGACAAUUUGCCAUUGUAGAUACAAAAGGCAAUUGGGGUGUUUGGGAAAUUACCGGCAGACAACGAUUGAAGCUCGCCACCUGGUCUGUUGGAAUUGUCAAAUCAGGCUCGCUGCCCUCCCAGGAUCCUAAACGCAACCAUAAUUCCCCUCGGCUUGAUGGCUGGGCAUCUGUGGAAUGGGUCCAUAAUGUUGGAUUGAUAGUUGUCUCCAAUCGUCACAGUGUCAUGAUCUAUGCUUUUACAGAUGAUGACGUUCCGCCACGCAUGGUUGAGCUGGGGAUGGCCAAGGAAUCCGAGUGGGUCUUGAGCGUGCAAAGAAAUCCACGAAACUCAUCACAAUUCUUUGUCCUGACGACGGCUCGAAUAUUGUGGUAUGAUCUUGGAGCCCUACCGAGCGAGGAUGAUACAAGCUUGUCACUACGUCCUCGAGUGUCUUGGAGGCAUUUUCGAGACCCGGGGGACACAACAUUGCGACUCAGCGACUUAGUGGUAUACCAAGAUUUAUAUCUCGUCUUAUAUUCCCGAAUCACCCAGCUGGUACAGGCAUUUCCAUGUCCAUUUAUAUCCGACGAACAGACCGAGUCUAUCUCUGUGCCUGAUCCUCUGGUACUAGAUGCGCCCCUAUUGAUGGACAUACCACCGAACCAUCGUGGUCCUGCCGUACGAUUUUCGACAUUGGUGUUUAAAGAGGUUGCCCACUCUGUUACAGCGCUGGGCAAGAAUUUUUACAAUCCCUACUUGACACUAAUCAAGCUUUUCUGGAUGGAUUCUGAUCUUGCCGUUCACGAAUCUACCUUUAAAGGCCCUCGCGGAGAUCCAGAAGAGCUGGAUUUGUUUCGCGAAAAUAGCAUCUUACGACUGAGAAGGCGCUAUGCUCCGACAGCAUACGUCAGACCCGACGAUAACUUUGUCGUGGAUGACUGGGACGAAUCAGCGAUACAGCAAGCCCCUGUUCCUCGUUGCGAGGUUAACAUAACCUCUGUUGAUACAAUAUCGGACUUGCAGUGGACCUUGGAUUUCUCUGCCAUCUACGACAUCGCGACAGGGAAAUUGGAAAUACCGCGAAAACAGCAACAAAAGAGACAAAGCCCCAAGCCACGAACCCUCGAUGGGUUAAUUGCGAAUCUGCAGAGCGAUAUAGAGCAUGGAUCGACAAAGCAAAACGCAACCCAGACCAUGGUUGAAUUGGGCGGCAAAAGAGUGUUAGCAGAGGGCCUUGAUGAAGGGGCGGAUGAUACGAAACGACUCAUUUCAGCACUUAUGCCCGAGCAGUCGGACCCCAUGGCUCAAUCUCGGUAUAUGAUGUUACCAAUUCAAUUCUCGAGUGAGGAUUAUGGCUUGUCAGCCAGGCUGUCAGGCGAAGCAGACAGGGAUCUUCUCAAUGCCUACGAUCGAAUGGUCGAUGAUGGCAUCAUUCUAUUCAACCCAGCAGAUUCCACCGAUGAUCGAACAAACGAGAAGGUCAUCGCACAAAACAAACACCUGAUGUCAAGCCAUUUCUCAUUAUUAUUAUCAUCAUCACAGAACACUGCAAGCCAGUCCUCGACCGAUAACCGACUCUUUGCAUCCAGACGGGACAGACUGCCAGUCCAACAAUCCAAGUACGCCGCGGUCCCUGUCAUGAGCGGGCUCUCAGCGUUCACCACGUUUAAGGCCCCACGUCCAACAACACGAAAUGUGGCAAACCUACUAUCUCACUGGUCGGUCGGAAGCAGCCCCCAGAACUAUACGUGGGAGAGGAUCGAAGACGAGGAGACGCGACGAAGUACUCGGGCGAACACUCCCAGGAACAGACGGAAGAAGCUCUCACAGGCUCGGGAUCAAUCUCUGCCUCCCACCCCGGCAGUCCCCAUGGUUCGAACAUGGGGCAGCCAGCCAGUCGCACCUCCACGAAUCAACAUCACCAGUAGUCAGCCCACGAUGGAUGGAAUGUCGAUGACCCAAACCGAGCGGGGUAUUUUCGGGGCGCGUGAACUCAAGAAGCCGAAAAAGAAGAAGAAAAGAGCAGCAGGAUUUUAG